AAACUUUAUAGAUAGGUGCACACCCUUGGGUGCCCAACAGUUGCAACUGUUGUUAAUUAAACCAUCUUCUUCUCAGCCUUAACUUCAAGCUUCCAUUCCACCGAUGUAAGAGACCAAUCCGCCAUUACAACACAGUUCAUAUCCCCAUCAAUAGCAAUGCUCGUUCGUCGCAUGGGUUAUUUCUCAUCUUCUUUAUCUAAAAAAACCUCACCUUUCUUCUCUCUCCUCCCAAAAACCCCGUUUCCAUUUCAUCUUCCCCCUAUCCAAUUCUUCAAACCAAUUCAUACCAAAUUCCCACAAACCCAUCUUUUUUCCAUGAACCAAAAAACCCAUCUCACCACUUCCGCUGCUUUCCUCCAAGAACCCACAAAAACCUUGUCCAGCAGGUCCGCCAAGAAAGCCCGCCGUGACGCCCCUGAGAGUGUUCUGCGUCAUCAGCUAGAUCAGUGUUCUAAACGCGGUGACUUACAGGAAGCAAUUCGACUCUAUGAAGAAGCUAAGUUAAACAACGUUUCCCUCAAUGUUCAUCAUUAUAAUGUGUUGCUUUAUCUUUGUUCUUCUGGUUCGGGUACUGAGGGAUAUGGGAUUGAGAAAGGAUUUCAUAUUUUCAAACAGAUGGGUGUAAAUGGUGUUGCUCCUAAUGAGGCAACGUUUACUAGUGCUGCUAGAUUGGCAGUUGCUAAGCAAGACCCAGAAAUGGCUUUUGAUUUAGUGAAGAAAAUGAAGAGUUUUGGUGUUCCUCCUAAGUUAAGAUCAUAUGGGCCAUCAUUAUUUGGGUUUUGUGACAAGGGAAUGGCUGAUAAGGCUUAUGAAGUUGAUGUACAUAUGGGGGAAUCAGGGGUUGUGGCUGAGGAAGCAGAGCUUUCUGCACUGUUGAAAGUUAGUUCUUUGUCUAAAAAGGCUGAUAAAGUAUAUGAAAUGAUGCAUAGAUUAAGGGCAAGUGUAAGGCAGGUGGGUGAAGAGACUGCUGGUGUAAUAGAGGAUUGGUUUAAUUCUGAAUUUGCUGCAGAGGUUGGGCUGCAGAAUUGGGAUGUUCGGAGAGUUAAGGAAGGUGUUGUGAAAGGAGGGGGUGGUUGGCAUGGACAAGGGUGGUUGGGAAAGGGGAAUUGGACUGUGGUGAGAUCGGAGAUGGAUAGUUCCGGAGUUUGUCGUUCAUGUGGGGAAAAGCUUGUGUGCAUUGAUAUUGAUCCUAAGGAGACAGAGAACUUUGCUAAUUCCUUGGCUAAAUUGGCUUGUGAAAGAGAAGUCAAGGCUAAUUUUGUGCAAUUUCAGGACUGGCUUCAGAAGCAUGGUCCAUUUGAUGCUGUGGUGGAUGGUGCAAAUGUCGGACUUAUCACUCAACGAAAUUUUAAUUUCUCUCAGCUCAGAUCUGUUGUCAAUAAAUUAAGGCAGAUGAGUGAAUCAAAGAAACUUCCAUUGGUUAUUUUGCACAAAAGUCGUACAACUGGUGGUCCUGCUCAACAUCCUAAUAACAAGAAGCUUUUAGAAAGUUGGAAGAAAGCAGGUGCACUUUAUGCCACUCCACAUGGUUCAAAUGAUGAUUGGUACUGGUUAUAUGCUGCUGUCAGUUCCAAAGGCUUGCUUUUGACAAAUGAUGAGAUGAGAGACCAUUUGUUCCAACUAUUAGGCACUAGUUUUUUUCCCAGAUGGAAGGAAAAACAUCAGAUCCGGAUGACAGCUUCAAGAGAUGACGGACUUAAGCUCCAUAUGCCGCCACCUUAUUCAAUUGUUACUCAGGAAUCAGAGCAGGGUUGUUGGCAUGUGCCAACUCUUACUGGAGAUGACCUUGAGCUACCAAGACAGUGGGUAUGUGCUACCAGGAGAAAAGCACUGCACUCUCUCUUUUGACGAACUGGUGAAUCAUAUCAUUAACAUAUAAAUGCGGUUUCUGGGAUAGCAUCAGUGAAGCAGCUAUGCUGUAUAUGAGUGCUUUUUUCCUUUGAAGAGGCUUAUAGUUUGCACUUCUCAAAGAUUGUUGUAGAUGGAGAUCAGGAAGAUCACUUAAUGCAAAAGUUCUGGAUACAGUUAACGUCUAUAUAACAUCCUAGUUGCAUUAUCUUGUAUACUAGUUUUUGCUUCUGUAUUCAGGAGUAUUUGGUCAUUUUUAUGUAACAAUUUUGCCUGUUACAAGUGUUAGAAGGAAAAGGUUCUGCCACAAUAGAAGAAUGGCACUUUUGAAACUCAAGAGAGGAUAUUCCUGCAUUUUCAAUCCUAAAUUGGCUGGUCCCUGAGUACCAGAAGAGAAACAGCUUAUGAAGUUUAAAUUAUUUUCCUUUGAAGAGAAACAUUUAUUUGAUCA